UUAAGUUGGUGCGUUUUUCGGCAGCGUCGGGAUCACCUCAAAACAGACCGCAGCGCCAACGACUCGCACCAGAUGAAGGGAUCUGCAGAGGUUAAUAUCUCCUGCUAUGACCUACCAGACAAGUCCACUCAUUCGAGUCUUGAGGAUGUCGAUGAACGAGGCGAAGGACCGGUGGCAGGUCAGCGCCAGGUGGAAGGAGAAGUGUUAAACCCCUCCUGCUGUUGCUGCUGUUGCACAUAUACUUCCGCCGGCGCGCCUAUAAUUGCUUCUGCCAACUCCCUGCCAGUGUCUACCGAGGAGGCACCGAAACCGUCGGAGUACUGCGAGAGACUCCAUCUCACUCCCGCUAGCGCCUCCCUUCCCGCUUCCCCUGCCAUUCCACUGAUUGAGACACAUCCCUUUUUAGUGCAGCCGCCUUCACUUCCAUCCAGGAGAGUAAUUGAGUUGGGUCAACAGAGGGCUAACCUCAUGGAAUCCUCGUGUUCUGCAGGGGACAUCCAACAAACCACUAGGGAAAAGGACCCUUCUGCUGCUGUAUGCUAUAGUGACGAACCUCCUAAAGCGAAAAACCGAAGCUUACUUGAACUGCGUCGAGGUCCGCGUGCAGCGCUUGUGCUAAAUUUGCACAGUGAAGCUUCGAGCAGUCCUUCACCACUUCACAGAGUGCUUCUGGGAGAAAUAAGUGCCGCAAGUGAGGAGGACAACCGGCUGCUGUUCUCGGAGCACCCGCCGACCAGCUAUUCUACCUUUGGACAUGAAUCGCCACUGUGCCUAGCGAGCGGUGAGACUUUGACGGUGCAACCGCCGAUAGCACUUGCCAUCGCCGCUACUCCACCUACCAAUCUCUCACCACGCCCCAAGACUGGUGAAGAGCCCAGUCGUAUAGCUGAUCGUGUCACCCUGCGCACUGCCUCCCUUCUUCUUACUCCUGAGGCUCUUGAAGCAAAACUUGGGCAAGGAGGUGAGGACAGCCUCUAUAAGGAGUUCUGGGACAUUCCUAUGAACUUUGCAAACAAAGCCGAUUGCCCUUGGGUUGGAGUGGGUCAGAAAAAUCGCUACCAUGAGGUUCUGCCUCUUCCAAAUCGAAUUUCACAACACGUUUUUGUUUCCUCUUUUUAG